AUGGCAUCUCCAAACGCACUUCUUCGGUGGUUUGCUCUGCCGAUUGCAGGUGCUCUCGCCAUCGAUGCCUCCAUGUACGAUGUCAAGGGCGGCACGCGCGCCGUUAUAUUCGACCGCUUGACCGGAGUCCAGGAAAAAGUCGUCGGCGAAGGAACGCAUUUCCUUGUCCCCUGGCUGCAAAGGAGUAUUAUUUAUGAUGUGCGCACUAAGCCGAGAAAUAUUUCCACGACAACGGGAUCCAAAGAUUUGCAGAUGGUUAGCUUGACGCUGCGAGUGUUGCAUCGUCCGGAGGUGCCGAACUUGCCUAAGAUCUACCAAUCCUACGGAACAGACUAUGAUGAGCGUGUCUUGCCAUCCAUCGGAAACGAAGUCCUCAAGGCCAUCGUCGCCCAAUUCGAUGCCGCCGAACUCAUCACCCAGCGAGAAGCAGUAUCCAAUCGAAUCCGCACGGACCUCAUGCGUCGCGCCGAACAAUUCAAUAUUGCGCUUGAAGACGUAUCCAUCACACACAUGACCUUUGGCAAGGAAUUCACUCGGGCCGUCGAACAGAAGCAGAUUGCGCAACAAGACGCCGAACGAGCACGAUUCAUCGUCGAGCGUGCCGAACAAGAGCGUCAAGCAAACGUUAUCCGCGCUGAGGGUGAAGCCGAGAGUGCUGACAUUAUCUCCAAGGCUGUUGCCAAGGCUGGUACGGGUCUGAUUGAGAUUCGCAGAAUCGACGCUAGUAAAGAGAUUGCUGCUACUUUGGCGAAUAAUCCUAAUGUUACUUAUCUGCCUGGUGGAGGAGAGGGUAAAGAUAGCGGUAAAAGCACAAGUUUGCUUUUAGGAUUGAGGAGUUGA